UGUUUUGAGAAAGAUCCCCAAUUUAAAUUCUUCUAAGUAGUUAAGGGAGGGGCAAAACUUUUAUUGAGCCCACAGGGCUUUAAUUGCCCUCAGCUUGAAAUCAUCUUCAUGCCAAAGUGGCCCAUCUUGGGGCAGCCUGCCCUGGGCCCCUACACAUUCCAUUUCUAUAUUUUCUCCUCUGUCUUGCUCGUGUCCCAUUUAGCAGCAGGUGAAUCCAACUCUCUGGGUAAAACUAUAAAAUCUAAUGUCCCCAUCAGUGCUUAGAACAUGUGAUGACAAAACUCUUUUUCAUAGUGCCUUGGAGGUGGUAAGCAGCUUUAGGAUGAAACUGAACACGUCCUUCCAAGCUGCUGGCUGCCAGAGACUCAUUGACGUGGAUGAUGACCGGAAACUUUAUACCUCUUACGAGAAGUGUACGGCCACAGAAGUCGAUGCUGAUGCUCCGGGUGAGGAAUGGAAGUGUUAUGUAGUCCGCAGCUGUGGUGGCAAUGACAAACAAGACUUCCCCAUGAAGCAUGGUGUCUUGACCCAUGGCCGUGUCCGCCUGCUGCUGAGUAAGGGACAUUCCUGCUACAGACCUAGGAGGACUGGAGAAAGAAAGUGCAGAUCUGUUCAGGGCUACGCUGUGGAUGCCAACCUCAGUGUUCUCAACUUGGUCAUCGUGAAAAAUGGGGAGAAGGAUAUUCCUGGACUCACGGAUGCUCCUGUGCCUUGUUGCCUGGGGCCCAAAAGAGCUAGGAGAAUCCGCAAACUUCUCAGUCUCUUUAAAGAAGAUGAUGUCCGCCAGUGUGUUGUGAUGGGGCUCUUAAACAAAGAAGGUAAGAAACCUAGAACCAAGGCGCCCAAGAUUCAGCGUCUUGUUACUCCACGUAACCUCCAAGGCAAAUGUCAGCGUAUUGCUCAGAAGACACAGAGUUCUAAGAAAAAUAAGGAAGAGGCUGCCCUUUCUGAGAGCUUCUACCUCUGA